CAGGGCCGGCACGGUGGGCUCUGUGUAGGGGGGUCUGUGGGUUGCUGCUUGGCCCGAGGGGAGGGCUCCAGCCCGCUCCCCGCUGGCCCAGGGCCGGCGCGGUGGGCUUUGUGCAGGGGCUCCAUGGGUUGCUGCUUGGCCCGAGGCGAGGGCUCCAGCCCACUUCCCGCAGCCUCGCUGGCCCGGGCCCGCCCCGCCGUGCCGUGCCCCGGCAUCGGCGCGGGACAGCCCCGAGCGUGCGCCCGCCCCUUCGCGGCACCCGUAAGAGCGCUCGGCGGCCCCGCCCACCGCUCUCGGGAUUUAAUUGCAGGGGCCGCUGGGCCGCGCGCUAUCCGGCCCUGCUGCGGCACCGCCGACAUGGCGUCCACCAGCCGUUUGGAUGUGCUUCCGAGGGUGACUUGCCCAAAUCAUCCAGAUUCCAUUUUAGUGGAGGAUUACAGAGCUGGUGAUAUGAUUUGUUCUGAGUGUGGGCUAGUAGUAGGUGACCGGGUCAUAGACGUGGGCUCGGAGUGGAGAACAUUCAGCAAUGACAAAGCAACCAAAGACCCAUCUCGAGUGGGGGACACACAGAAUCCUUUGCUCAGUGAUGGCGACUUGAGUACAAUGAUUGGCAAGGGCACAGGUGCAGCAAGUUUUGAUGAAUUUGGGAAUUCAAAGUACCAAAAUCGCAGAACUAUGAGCAGCUCUGAUCGUGCGAUGAUGAAUGCUUUUAAAGAAAUUACGAACAUGGCAGACAGAAUCAACCUCCCUAGAAAUAUAGUUGAUCGAACAAAUAAUUUAUUCAAGCAAGUGUAUGAGCAAAAGAGCCUGAAGGGGAGAAGUAAUGAUGCUAUUGCUUCUGCUUGUCUCUACAUAGCCUGUAGGCAAGAGGGCGUUCCAAGAACAUUUAAAGAAAUAUGUGCAGUGUCCAGGAUUUCAAAGAAAGAAAUAGGCCGAUGUUUUAAACUUAUUUUGAAAGCUCUGGAAACCAGCGUUGAUUUGAUUACAACUGGAGACUUCAUGUCACGAUUCUGUUCUAAUCUGGGUCUUCCCAAACAAGUACAAAUGGCAGCAACACAUAUUGCCCGGAAAGCUGUGGAAUUAGAUUUGGUUCCUGGGAGAAGCCCUAUCUCUGUAGCAGCUGCAGCUAUUUACAUGGCAUCACAGGCUUCUUCAGAGAAAAGGACGCAAAAAGAAAUUGGUGAUAUUGCUGGUGUGGCUGAUGUUACGAUUAGACAGUCAUACAGGCUGAUCUACCCUCGAGCUCCAGAUCUUUUCCCAGCAGACUUCAAGUUUGAUACCCCAGUAGACAAACUACCACAGCUGUGAGAUUGCAGAGGGUUAAUUUCUGUUAACCCUCCCCCAAAAAAACCCCAACAAAAACAAACUCUUUAUUUUUGCCUAUAAUAAAGGAUGUACAAAGUGUUAAUAUUGGGUCUUCGUGUUGUGGAACUGGAGGAUAUGGAGAUGGAGCAUAACUGCUGGAAGGCAGCAUACAUUCCAAGGGUAAACAAGCUGAUUGUGUGGCAUUUUGUAUGUAUAUAUUAGUGGAAGUAAAUAUUUAAUAUCUGUUGCAACAAAUUUAAUUUGAUACUGUUGUACUUAUUUAGAUUUCUUUUGUAGGGAUCUAGUAAGAUGUAUUUUGGAAAAUUUAAAAUAUUGUGUAACUCCCAAAUAAACUGUUUUCCAAAAACACCAUCUUGUGGUAUGACUGCAAUGUGACAUGCACGUACUGUUGUACAUGCUGAGAACUGGAAUGCAGUCCAUGGAAUGGUGGAGUGAGCUUCAUACUUGUGGGCUUGGUCACAAGGCUGCUUAAAUGCUCACUUUAUGGACAAUUUCUGAUCCCUAGAGUGCUCUGGUAGCUGUAGGGAACUGUAGUGUGGUGCAGGCACCCAGAAUGUAAACAGUUGCUGAAAAGCUGUUCCAAGUUUUGCACAACGCUGCAGAAUAUUUCGAAACUGGUUGCAAAAGGAUUAAUCCCAUCCUUGGUGCAGUCUUCCUGAUUCUCACUGUCUCUGCUUUUCUGCUGUGAAUUUGAGGUAAUGACAAAGCAGCUACUGAGAAGGAUGAGGACUCACUUUAGUUGAAUUCCUGGUAACUUCAUGAUUCUUAGUACUGUACAAAGAAAAGUAAAAAUACUUAUAGUGUAAGUUUGUUAAAUGUCUGUCCUGCCAGCCCACUCUGCAGUCUGGCUGGCCUGUGGUUGUUCUAAGUGAGCACUUGCUGCUUGAACUGAUAUGCCAGGUGCUGAGUGAAGGCCUGAAGUUGUUCAGCCCUGCCCAGGCUAAGAGUUUUGAGCACUGGUUGCCUCCUGACAGUGUCCCUUUGUGUACAAAGCAACAAAUGUGCUUA